ACUUGCAAACACAGGGAAAGGGUGAGACCUUUCAAAGCUGCCAAGUGGGCAAGCUUCCAGCUGCAGUCUGGGAGUUAGCAAGCGGCAGAGCCACCAAACGAAGCGGCGGUGCAUUGGGCCUCUCGUUUCAACUUCUGUUCGGUUAUCCUGUAAUGGAAAAUUGCUUUGCACAAAGCUAGAGUGUUACAGUUCUUUCCAGCACCUCUCCCCCGCCCCGCCCCACCCUUCAGCAGCCUUCGGAUCAGAGGGACAGCGCCCGCCCGCAGGAAGGUGGAAGGAGGGUAGUCGUGGCUCCUUACUAUGUCCCUUGCUUCAGGCCCUGGCCCUGGGUGGUUACUCUUUUCCUUUGGAAUGGGGCUGAUAUCAGGGUCGAAGUGUCCAAAUAAUUGUCAGUGUCAAGCCCAAGAAGUGAUCUGCACAGCACUGCAGCUAACUGAAUACCCUCCUGACAUACCCCUGAACACCCGGAGGCUGUUCUUGAACGAUAACAGAAUCACUAGUUUGCCAGCCAUGCAUCUAGGACUCCUCAGUGACCUUGUUUACUUGGACUGUCAUAACAACCGGAUUCGAGAGGUGAUGGAUUACACCUUCAUCGGGGUCUUCAAACUCAUCUACCUUGAUCUCAGCUCCAACAACCUAACCUCGAUCUCCCCAUUCAGUUUCUCAGUGCUCAGCAACCUGGUGCAGCUGAAUAUUGCCAACAACCCUCAGCUGUUAUCUCUGCACAAGUACACCUUUGCCAACACCACCUCCCUGAGGUACCUGGACCUCAGAAAUACUGGCUUGCAGACCUUGGACCAUGCUGCUUUCCAUCACCUCAUGGUACUGCAGACCCUGUACCUGAGUGGAAACCCCUGGAAGUGCAACUGCUCCUUCCUGGACUUCGCCAUCUUCUUGAUAGUGUCCCAUCUGGACCCUUCAGAUGAUCUCAAUGCCACAUGUGUGGAGCCCACAGAGCUGGCAGGGUGGCCCAUCUCACGGGUGGGGAACCCACUCCGGUACAUGUGCAUCACGCACCUGGACCGCCAAGACUACAUCUUCCUGCUGCUCAUUGGCUUCUGCAUCUUCGCCGCAGGCACUGUGGCCGCCUGGCUCACAGGUGUGUGUGCUGUGCUCUACCAGAACACCCGCCGCAAGUCCAGUGAGGACGAGCCCGAGGACGACGCUGGGCAAAGGGAAGAAGUUGGCAGGCGAUUUUUCCAAACCAGGGUUAACUCGGGCCACGAUAGUUUUCCUCAGCUGAUUUAGUUGCCAGAGACCACUUUCCGAUCUGCCUUCCCCCAGCCUCCCUGCUUUCUCUCUUACCCUCCCCAUCCCACCACCUCAGAGCUGUCUUAAAGAUCAAAGCCUACUAGUAAAAUAAAUAAAAUGUUUGGUGGCCAUUUC